AUGGCUUCCCACCAGCACCCCCCUGGUCACCAUGGUGCCUUCCACAACCGGAAGUUCAGCAUCAACCGCAACACUGGUAUCCCCAGACCUGCCCGUCGCUUCUCCAUUCAAGAGCCCAGCAUUACUGAGGCAUCCAGCGAUAUCCACAAAAAAUUCAGAGCAGCUCAUGAGGGACAUCUUCCUCAUGCUGGCCUGGAUGCCACUCGAUCCUCCACCGGAGUCAUCUGGUGCUCCGAGCAAGCCGGCGAGCAUGGUUACUUUGAGGAGCCCGAGAAGUGGGCAAACCUCGGACAGGGCGCCCCCGAAGUCGACGACGAAAUCGAGGGCUGCUUCCCCCGCCCCCAGCACCUCGACAUCUCCGUAAACUCGCGCGAGUAUGGUCCCACAGCCGGCAUCAAGCCCCUCCGCGAAGCCGUCGCCAACCUCUACAACGAGAUGCACCGCCAAGGCAAGGAGUCCAAGUACACGUGGGAGAACGUCGCCAUCGUCCCCGGCGGCCGCGCCGGCCUGAUCCGCAUUGCCGCCGUCCUCAACAACGCCUACGUCGGCUUCUUCAUCCCCGACUACACGGCCUACAACGAGAUGCUUUCCCUCUUCAAGAACUUCGCCGCCAUCCCUGUCCCGCUGUCCGAAGAAGACGACUACCACAUCCACCCCGAGAAGAUCGCCGAGGAAAUCGCCCGCGGCACCUCCGUCAUCAUCACCUCCAACCCGCGCAACCCCACCGGCCGCGUCGUCGCCAACCCCGAGCUGGCUGAGAUCCAAGAUAUCUGCCGCGAGCGCGCCACUCUGGUCUCUGACGAGUUCUACUCGGGAUACAACUACACCUCCAACUGCGACGGCACCACCAUCUCCGCCGCCGAAAACAUCAAAGACGUCGACGAGGACGACGUCCUAAUCAUCGACGGCCUGACUAAGCGCUUCCGCUUGCCCGGCUGGCGCGUAGCCUGGAUCUUGGGUCCCAAGGAGUUCAUCAAGGCUAUUGGCUCGUGCGGCUCUUACCUCGACGGCGGCACCAACGUUCCCUUCCAGGAGGCGGCCAUUCCUAUGCUCGAACCUACCUUGGUAAAGGCAGAGAUGAAGGCGUUGCAGCGCCACUUCAUGGACAAGCGCGACUUUGUCGUCGGCCGCCUUCGCGAGAUCGGUUUCUCCAUCAAAGCCGUCCCCGACAGCACUUUCUACCUGUGGCUUAACCUCGAGUGGCUGCCCAACCCCAUUUCCGACGGAUUGAACUUCUUCCAGGCCUGUCUCGAAGAGAAUGUGAUCGUCGUCCCGGGUAUCUUCUUCGAUUUGAACCCCAGCAAGCGUCGCGACUUGUUUGAUUCCCCCUGCCACCAUUUCGUGCGCUUGUCAUACGGCCCGACGCGCGAGGUCCUGGAGAGAGGAUGUGAUGGCAUUGAGCGCGUGGUCAGGAAGUUCCAGGCGUUGGAGGCUCAGGGCGCUUAUGAAGUCCCUAGGGCGCCGAGCCCGAGCAGGACAGAGGGCGAGAAGGAGAGUAAUCUUGUGCCUAGUGCCGGUGGUGGGGAGAGGGAGAAGGAUGAGAUUUUGCAUUUGCUUUAA